GCUAGAGAAAAGUAUUCUGAAGUUUAUGAAUCAAAGCCCUCUCUCUCUAUUUUCUCUCUCUCUCCGGCAACAGAGCUUUGACGAUGAUGAGAAGCUUGUAAUUGAAGGUCUGAAAUGCUCUCGAAGCUCUGAGUUGAGCAGAUCAUAAAAUCAACCAUCGCGUGUGUCUAUAUAUCUAUAUACACACACAUAUUCCCUAUAUAGUGGUGGUGGUGGUGUUGGAGAAAUGCUGGAAAACCCUACUGAUUCAUCAUCAACCGCCAACAUUACCACCAUCAAGCGCUAUGCCCCACCCAAUCAGAGGAAUCGUUCUCUCGGCAGACGCAAAUCUGGUGGAGAUCGAUUUGAACGAGCAAACAACAUUUAUGCCAAUGACGAGAAGAAUCAAUGUGCUUCCUCAAAAAAUGCUCCUAUUGUGGAUCAAGGGGAUGCAGGAAGCAGCAUUCUUGUGAAUGAAAAUCCUCGUACAGGGUUAAUACCCUUACAGGGAUGUUGUAAUAGCGAAGCUUUUCAGCUUAUGAAUGACCGUUGGUUGGCUGCAAUGAAUUCAUACAAUAAUCCAUCAACAGAUUUAGCUGAAAAGCCUGUUAUGUACUCGGGGAGUGGUGCAUCAGCAUGGGGGCACUUUAGACUUCCUCAUCAGUUCAUACCUCCAACAGCAAGUGUUGGACCUUCUUCCGGGUCACAGAUGGAUUUCUUGAGCGAGCUUCGGCGUGCAAUGCGAAAUGCGAAUGCUACUCCUGACAUCUAAUAAUCACGAAUCACGGAACUUGAAGGUUUUAUAUGGCUUUGGCUUUUCAGAAUACUUUGAAUUGUAUUAUCAGUGAACCUGUUGUAUGUUCAUUAACAAUGAUGUGUGUUGCUUAUUUAGGCCUUUCCUUUAUUUACUUGACAAUGAAUUGUGCUUAUACCAUCCCCAUCCUUGUGUAUUCAUGAUGGUUAGCAUGAAUUGUGCUCGAAUGGAUGAAUCCAAGUGCCAUCUUUGUUUUAGGA